AUCAUAAUCAUCAUGCUAUCCAUGGCCAUAGCCACAAGCCCGUCGUUGUCGUGGCGUCGUCAUUGUCGCAUCGAAGCCGAGGAGAAUCGCGUUCGAUAUUACUUUAGUUUGGAACUCCGAUUCAGACAGAAGUAACGUAUCGUUCCACAGGCGCACACGCCACUCGCUCUUCUGCAAGAUAGAAACAAACAUUUUCAUUUGGUAUAGACUUUUUUCCUUCUUUCUGAGUACAAAUAGUCGCGUGGCGUCCGCGGCGGCCGUAUAAAUACGGAAAACUCCCCACACGUGCAUUCAGUGUCAGUCGGCAGUGGCAGUUGACUAUUGAAUUUCAUUGCAUUCAAAACAACGGAAACGUAUCUUAAUUAAACCAAUUUCAAUUUCAAUACGAACUAAGCUUUAUAGACCACGCCGCAGAUAGAUUUCGUAAAGGUUGAAGCAGAAAUGUCAUCGAUCAGUGAUCGUACAUUGACGGCAGUGUUUGUGGUUCUUGUGAUUUUCACUUUUGCACAAUGCAGACCACAACAGCAGGCGUAUCUUCCUCCUUCAUCUGGGCAGCAGCAGCAACACCAGCAACAGCACCAUAAUGCUCAAACAUUCUAUGUCCCACCAGCGGGACAACAACAGCUGCCAUAUUUAACAUCAUCUUCAAACCAACAGCAGCAGCAGCAGCGGCUUACCGAACCACCAAUCCAACUGCAAAUCCCGAUUCCCAACGAUGGCGUGCAGGAGAAGAAAAUCUACGUCCAGCUGCCUCCACAGCAGCCGCAACAGUAUCCCCCACAGCCCCAGUACCGCUAUCCUCCGAGGAAGCAUUAUAAAAUCAUUUUAGUCCGAAGCCCGUCGCCACCAACACCUCCUCCAGCUCCAGUGCUGCCCGAAAUCGAGGAACAAACUUUGGUGUAUGUUUUGGUGAAGAAACCGGAUACUCCCAGCGUCGCUGAGCUGCAGCAACACCAACAGCAAUCCUUUAAACUAAACAAACCGGAAGUGUAUUUCAUUAAGUACAAGGCUAAUGAGCAGGGUGCUGAAGAUGGUUCAGUAGGCAAUGGUAGCAGUGGCAGCAGCAUUGGCAGUGGCAAUGGAAGUGGAAGUGGAAGCAGCAACUCACCUGAAGCGAUAUCAAAAUCCAUCGAGCAUCAACUGAGCAAUAAUUUAGAAGGCGCCAGCAGUGGUAGUUUUGUUGGAGGUGGUGGUUACUCAUACGAUGGGUCCAGGAAACGAGAGGCUAAGAAUCUCGACCAUCAUCAUCAUCAGGACAGCCAAGUUGCAGUCAGUAUCGGAGGUGGCAGCGGCAACAAGGAGGACGAGGCAAAUAAAGUAACGAACGAUGUGAACCAGAAGAAGUAGUAUCUAUUGCAGCAGUUAUAUAGACAUAGGCUUUUAUACAGUUAUAAGUUGUACUCGUACAAAACACAAAAAUAAACAUCGAUUGGUGUGCGGUUCUAGUCAAGUUCGUUUCGCGCCAAUCUUUUCCUUAAAAAAUCAAAAAAUAACGUAUCGGAAAAUGGGCAAUUGGGUAUUGGGAAAGACGUGAGUUUGAUUUUGACCUCUGAAACUUUUUAAUAAAUUUUCGAGUUUCUUUAAUUUUUAUGUUUUUAGCUCCUUAGUAAUGUGUGAGAUAUAUUUUUGUAUCUUAAUUAUUUUAAUUAGUGUUAAAAAUAAAUUUGAUCUAAGUUUUU